AUGCCCGAGGCCCCAUUGUCGCCUCCCGGAUACGAAUUUGUCCCUGGUCGCGAUCACCACACCGAGGCUAUGGACCAACGUUCUCCGACCGAUGACAAUGGAAACUCUCCUUCCCGCCCGCGGAACGUCGACGGUCGUGACUGCCAUCAAGGCGGCUACACUGCACCCGCAUCGAUUCCUGUUGCGGCGCCCCACCACGACAUCGAGCGUGCGUCGUCCUCCCGCGCAUCAAGCCAGGCUCGAAGCUCGCCGUUCACAACGCCCGCCGGCUCGCCCGCUUCCGUCGGCGAAAAUACCUACCAUAAAAACCUUUCCCAAGGACAUGUGCAGAGAAACGCUUCGGUCGGCCCGCCGGCCAACGCCCCGAAAGGUCCCUCUGGACGUCAACAGCAAUCAUCUUGUUCUGCCACUAGACAAAAUGGUCCGCCUCCCAAUGCUCCGACAGGCCCUGCGGCUAUGCGAAUCCAAGAUCAACGACGUAAAAAGCGGCAACCGCAACAGGAGCCGACAUAUCUGGCCAGCGGCCAAGUUUCGUACUCCAUGACGUGGAAAAGCGAUGCUAAGGAACUGCACGAAGACUUCGAGAAGUACAACAACUUUAUGAACAUCAUGGGUGUCAAAAACGAGUCCCGCGCGCCUAAUUUUCAACAAAAAGAGGCGGCGAGGAAUGCAACUAGGCAACGAAGAGCGACAAAAAGAAAGACAGACAUGGAGCGUGAUGAGGAAAUCCGGAAACUGCGGGAGGCAAAACUCGCCAGGCGCGACCUGUUCACACCAUUCUUCGUGGAAAUGUGGUGGGACAGAGCUGUGCCAGCCGUUGGCGGCAGCAUAUGGCCCUCUGUUCCGGAUCAGAAGAGGGUUGGCGACGGGAAUAAGAGCCGCAAUUCGCCACGAUCUUUAUGCUCGCCCCCGGAAAACAAAGCCGAGCAAGACGGUGUUGAUGCGAACACGAGAGACAAAUCGGCCAACUACUUCCUGGGGCCGACCCAGAAGGCCAUCUCAGAAGAGGAGUCUCUGGAAAUGUCCAUUGGCGAUCCAGAGCCCAGCCGUGAGAGCUGGUAUCCGAGGGAACUUAUCGACUUCAUCGACGAAGAUACGGAUAGAAAAAUCCAGGAAGAAUCGGAGAACAAAGAAAGACAACUGCAAGAGAAGGAAAACGAAUCUGGGGAUGAAGAAGCAUCUCGCAUCUCCCUCAUCUCCAAAAGCGACAUUCGAUAUGUCGGCAUUCUUCACGAGAUCAACUCGGACGAGUCGACCGUGUCGCUCGAGAAUGUUCGCUCUUUCGGCACCGAGGGCCGGAGGAGUAGACCCGAAGAAGAGAUAGCACCUUCCGAUCAGGUUUACGACUACAUCAUUUUCCGCGGCAGCGAUGUCAAGGACUUGAGGAUCGAGGACCACCCGGGCAUCAAGGAGAACAAGCCUCCUGCCAUGCCCGAGGAUCCUGCCAUUGUCAACGCUCGCCCUCGUCCUGGACAAGGACCUAACAACCAACCUCCACCGGCACCCGGCUUCGGCCAGCCUCCUUUCCAGAACAACUUCUACCCGCCUCCCGGACCAUGGGGUCCUGCUCCUCCUGGCCGUGGUGGUCCAGGUGCUGGAAUGGGUGGUAUGCCCUACCCUCCGCCUCCUGGAUGGUUCCCUCCUGGUCCUCCGGGUCAAGGAUUCCCCCCCGGCCCUGAUGGAUGGAACAACUACAACUACCCUCCUGGCCCUCCCGGUCCUCGUGGUCCUCCUGGGCCCCAAGGCCCUCAGGCACCUGGUGCUGCACCCGGUCAAGCUCCUGAGAACCGCGGCACUCCUGGCGCCCAGGAGGCGAAGCCCACGCCGAUCGGCGCUGCUGGUGACAAGCAGAAGCCCGCUACCCCGGCGGCACAGGGAACCCCGAGCGAGCCCAAGACGACCGCCCCGCCUGGCUUGCAGCAGCAAGCUCCUGCACCAACACCCCCAGUCGAUUCAAAGCCUUCCGUCGCCGAGGUCAAGGCCACGGCUGCACAUCUGGGUACAGCUGGUCCGUCGAAGCCUGUUGAGCUACCAGUUCCGACGGGACCCAAGAACCCCGCGCGCGUUCAGCCUGCCAUUCCUCUCGCAGGCUCCAUGCCCAAGGCUUUCCCUGUUCCUGUAAACGAGAACAGCGCCGCGCAGUCCGCUCCCAAGGCCGCUGCCGCCCCUACCGCUGCAGCUGUGCGCGACGCCACCGAGGCAGCCAAGGCCGCUGUUGCUCUUGCCAUGGCCAACAUGAACGCCGGUGCCGCCGCCGUAUCAGCCCCUCCCCAGGGCAACGGCAACGCCAUGGACAACUUGACCAAGAAGGUCAACGAGAUGAGGGUCAACGCCGCUCGACCUACGCCCGGAGGCGGUCGUGGUCGCGGCCGCGGCGGACGUCAAGGCCAGGGUCAAGCCAAGGUCGAGGUCCCUGACGCCGACUUUGACUUCGCUGGAGCCAACGCCAAGUUCAACAAGGGCGACUUGGUCAAGGAAGCCAUCGCUGGCUCUCCCCUGGGCGAGACUCCCACCAACGGAGCCGUGCCUAACGCGGUGACGGAGGCACCUGCCGCUGAGGCAAUUGGCGGAAACCCUCCCAACGCGUACAACAAGACCCGUUCCUUCUUUGACAACAUCUCGAGCGAAGCCAAGGAUCGCGCAGAGAACAACGGUCAGAAGCCCGGCGGCCGUGAAUGGCGCGGUGAGGAGCAGCGCAAGAACAUGGAGACCUUUGGCCAGGGCAGUGUUGACGGCGGAUACCGUGGUUAUCGCGGUCGGGGCCGCGGUCGUGGCCGUGGCUUCGGUCGUGGUGGAAGAGGCGCAUACCGUGGCCGUGGCGGCUCGGAUGCCGCAUCUCCUGCUGCAAACUAG